GCCCGAGCCGGCCUGGGAGCCUGCGGGGCCGAGCGCAGCGAGCGGAGCGCCUGGGCGGCGGCGGCGGCGCGCGCGAUGCCUCCGGCCGGGGACCGCGAGGGCUACUGGGGCCCCACGACCUCCACGCUGGACUGGUGCGAGGAGAACUACGCGGUGACCUGGUACAUCGCCGAGUUCUGGAAUACAGUGAGUAACCUGAUUAUGAUUAUACCUCCAAUUUUUGGUGCAAUUCAGAGUGUUAGAGAUGGCCUGGAGAAGCGGUACAUUGCUGCUUAUUUAGCACUCACAGUGGUAGGAAUGGGAUCCUGGUGCUUCCACAUGACUCUGAAAUAUGAAAUGCAGCUUUUGGAUGAACUCCCAAUGAUUUACAGCUGUUGUAUAUUUGUGUACUGCAUGUUUGAAUGUUUCAAGAUGAAGAACUCAGUAAACUAUCAUCUGCUUUUUACCUUAGUGCUCUUCAGUUUAAUAGUAACCACAGUUUACCUUAAGGUAAAGGAGCCUGUAUUCCAUCAGGUCAUGUAUGGAAUGCUGGUCUUCACAUUAGUACUUCGAUCUGUUUAUAUUGUUACAUGGGUUUAUCCAUGGCUUAGAGGACUGGGUUAUACGUCCUUGGGUCUAUUUUUAUUGGGAUUUUUAUUAUGGAACAUAGAUAACAUCUUUUGUGAAUCACUGAGGAACUUUCGAAAGAAGGUGCCGCCUAUUAUAGGUGUUACCACACAAUUUCAUGCAUGGUGGCAUAUUUUAACUGGCCUUGGUUCUUAUCUUCACAUCCUUUUCAGUUUAUAUACAAGAACACUUUAUCUGAGAUACAGGCCAAAAGUGAAGUUUCUCUUCGGAAUCUGGCCAGUGAUCUUGUUUGAGCCUCUCAGGAAGCACUGAUGAAUUAUUCCACCAAGAAAACAAAAAAGCACCUACCAUAGGCCUGGCCGAAUGAAUAAGGAAAUCCUUAAAGAUCUACACAUUCAGAUAUAUCAUGACCAUCACAGCAAAGGAGUGACUUUCUGACUAAUGCUGCCAGCCACACACAGAAUGAGGAAUGGGCUUGUUGGAUGUUUAGCUCAUGUCUUUAUCUCAUUUGUCCUCCUCCCUCUCCCCCUCACCAAAGAUGUUUAAAAUGAAACAGACAUGAUGUGUGUGUAUAUACUUGAGUUCUGGAAAAAUUGGGCUUUUCUUAAUAGUUGAACAGUUUGUGCUGAUCAUAGGAAAUUGAGCUUUUUCUCUUUUUUGACAAGGGUUGCACGUGAAUUAUACUUUUCUUAACAUUUGAUUAAAUAAUGAAAAUAGCUAAGGACUGGCAAACCCCAUACAAAUGGCCAGCUGUGAGCCAGCACUUGGCUGUGUCAACCUUGAUUUAUGUUUUUGUCAUAGUAACCUCUUGGAUGGUUUUCCAAGGUAAAAA